GUCAACAUCAACUUUGGAUAUCUCCGACUCGAAGCACCAUCCUCAAGCUGGGUAUUCCACCUCGCUCUGUUCACAAGCAACGCAUAUCCAUUUGUCCAAAGAUAUUCCAAAACAAGAAAACAAUAGCCGUAUAGAUCCAAUCCAUGACGACAACCUUGCUUUAUUGAUGGUACAUAGGUUUCCACAUCUCACUUUGACCCAACGAUGCCAAUUUCUACAUCAGUUGUUAAAGUGUUGUGAUCCAUCAGACAUGCAAUUCCUAGCAACAGUAAUACCUAUGUUGCAUCGUGACUUUAUCACACUACUUCCUCUCAACAUUUCUCAAAUGAUACUCAUCUAUAUCCAUCCACGAGAUCUAGGCACGUCUGCUCAAGUUUCAUGGGCUUGGAAUCGAGCUGUUUCUAACAAGAAAUUAUGGGAGCAGCUUUAUGGAAUGAUUGGCUUACAGUCCAUGGUAGAUGUAUUUUUUCAAUCAACCAAAAGCGUCACAGCCAAUGCAAAGCGUUUGUCGUUUAUGAGUCGCUGGGCAAGCGGAAAGUUCAAGUAUAGAUCCUUUCAAGCGCAUACACUAGGGAUCCUGACACUUGCAUUUGAUGGAAAGUAUAUCGGAACCGGAAGCACAGAUAAAACUUGCAAAAUUAGCUCAGUCAGUACAGGUGAGUGUCUACGAACCUUGAAAGGCCAUGACGAGGCUGUAUUGACCGUACAAUUCGACAAAGACAAGUAUUACAAUUAUUUUGAUAUGAAACAACAGCACUAUUUGAUGAAAAUUAUAUUUAGUGCAGACUCAACAAUCAGAAUUUGGCUUAAUAAAGACGAUGGGCCAUUACAGCACAUUCUAACUGGACAUACUGGAGCAGUAACGUGCUUGAAAUACGUUGGGAAUUGUUUAAUUACAGGUUCAGAAGACAAAACUAUAAAGAUUUGGGACAUGGUAAAUGUCGGUGUACAACCAGAUCCGUCUGAUUUACCAGUUGACACCACUACCCUUUACCGCAGAACAAAUGAUAAGCACAAAGACAAAAAUCGCAAGACAGCUAUGCAUAUCAUUAAAUCACAUUCUUCAUUCAAAAAAUCAGACAUUUCACUUUCUGAUUGUGGCGUUGCCAUGGACCACAAUAAAAUGACAACGUCGUCGUCCGUUGUAGCAUCACAAAAGUUGUCAAAACCCAAUGGCAUAGUUAUGAGUACUGUCGAUCGUACAACUCGAGCAUCUCAGUCGUCGUGUAUAAAUAUCCGUACUUUAUAUGGUCACACGGGUGGAAUCAAAUCAUUGGAUUUUCAUAAUGGAAUCUUGAUUAGUGGAGAUCUUCAUGGAAUUAUCAAGUUUUGGCAUAUUAAAAGUGGAAACUGUGUAGCAACGUAUUUUUUAGAUCAUGCUUGUCUAGAUGCUCCUCUUACAUUAAUUGACAAACACAUGGGCCAAUCGCAGAUAAAAAACCCACAUGCGCGCUCCGACCCCGUAUCAUCGUUGGUGUUUAACGAUUCCAGACUAUUGUUUGGAAUGCUCUCUGGAAUCGUGUACCUCUAUGAUGUACAUAAUAUUCCAUUGGUUUCUAAAAUCCAAAGUGUAGGAUAUGACCAACUUUCAGAAUGGGCAUCUCAUCCUAAUACCUUUUUUUUAAACAGAAUAUACCACUCGCACAAAUCAAUGCCAUUAUGCCAGAAAACCUCGGCAGAUGCUUCAUCACAUUUUGAAUUUGACUCUCAAUCAUCUACAGCAAACACAUGCAUGGUUGAACAUGGCGCUUCAAAAAUCAGCCCACAACGCCUUAAUACAAAUAGUCAAAAGGUAGCACAAGGAAAAUGGUCUUUGUGUGUACGUGCGGAUGACUGGAGAUUGAUGAGUGCUGGCUCUGAAGGAAAGUGCACUGUUUGGAAUCAUCGCACUGGUAAAAUGAUCUACCAACUCAAUGCCAUCAGCGACGCUGCAGAUGACGGACCACGUCAAGACGCAACUUUGAAAUUGUCUGCGCCAGUUGGACGACAGGAAAGCCUUGACCAAGAGGCCAAAGCGGCGACUGACAGUCAAUCACAGCCUACAGAUGUGUGCCAGACAUCAACAAAUAUAUCUAUAGGACAUUCAAAGUCAUUAAUGGGUAGAGUUCUUACUGGAGUAGCAUUUGAUGAUGGCUGUAUUGUCGCUAGCAGCACGGAUGGGUCUGUAAAGAUAUGGGAUGCAAAAUAAAACAAUCGGGUUUGCUGAUCAUGAA